CUUUAAUCUGCCUGAAGGAUUCCUGACACUGACCGUCUGUGUGCCGUUGAUCUUUAAGUUUCAUCAUCCGGCUCCUGUGACUCUUUAGGGAUGGCACAGAGAUCAGAGACGGUGUCAUCUACAGACAGCAUUAAAUCCAGUCAGUCAGCUGACACAGCCCACAAAUCUGCCCUCCGCAAGACCGCGUCCAGUGAGACGAACAACAAGACAAAGAGCAAGAAAUCAAACGAGGACGCCAUGAACAAGGUUUACACCAACCUGCUGAAUAAUGUCUUUGGACAGGAGAGAGACUUAUCUCAGCCUGAACUGGACGAGUUGUCUGAAGCGUUUAAGGAGUUUGAUUAUGAUCAGGACGGUUAUCUGAAUUAUAAAGAUCUGGCAGAGUGCAUGAGGACCAUGGGAUACAUGCCAACAGAGAUGGAGCUGCUGGAAAUCAUUCAACAAAUUAAAAUGAGACUUGGGGGUUUGAUGGAUUUCGAUGACUUCUGUGAGUUGAUGGGUCCCAGGAUGAUGAUGGAGACAGCAGAUAUGCUGGGACUCAGAGAACUCAAAUGUUCGUUCAGUCAGUUCGACACAGAUGGAGAUGGGAAGAUCUCUCUGGAUGAGAUGAAGGAGGCGGUGAAGACUCUGUUAGGAGAGAAACUGAAGAAGGGAGAGCUGGAAGAGAUCUUGAAGGAGUUGGAUCUUAAUGGUGAUGGGACGGUGGACUUUGAUGAGUUUGUGAUGAUGUUGUCGGUGAGAUAAAUCUUCAUCAUCUCUCAUUCAUCCACUUCUUCUGAUGAUAAUAAUGAUGAUAAUAUUGAGAUAUCAGUCAACAGGUUUAUGUUAUAACGGUUGUCUUGUUAUUCUUUCUUAUUCCUGAAAACUCCUAACCAACUCUUUUAGACACUUUUCUGAAUGAUUGGUUAUAAACAAAUUUUUACCAGUGAUUGUUUAAUAUAAAGACUAUUAUAACUUGAAUGUAAUAUAUAUAUUGUGUAUGACUGUAAAUGUGUAUCAUAAACAUCAGUAGGCCUUUGUACAUAAUGAAGUAUGUUUUACAGUUUGUUAAUAAA